GACAAACACUGAAAUAUUCAAAAAUAUAACAGCAGCAGCAGCCGUGGUUCCCCCCUUCCAAGGCUUCAGCUGGAAUGAAAACUGCCUUUCAUUGCAAGUUUGCCAUCUCCUCUCCUCUGUUGUGUGAGCUGAUAAUGCACUAUCAGAGCUAGCAGGACUCUAUAUAGAGGGGCUCUCUCUUCCACCCUCACUAAGUCUGAAACGGUCUGCUCCUUCUGAAUCAUAUGACGCUUCCCCUUGAUUCGCUGGCGUCAGAAGGAGCUCCCAGAGAUUUACUCUAGAAGGACUUUACCCUCCACCUGCAGGACUGCGCUGUCAAGAGUAAUAAACAGGAACAAGCACACAGCUGGUUGGCACACAAAGGAUACUGCAUUCCUAAAUCUCCAAGCUUCACAGCUCAGCUACACAGCAUUUCAACACAGAGAAAGAGGGACCCACUGUGGCCAGAUAGGUCCCUGGUUGGUGCCCCAGAGCUGUAGUGAGGAAUGAAUGGUCCAGCAGAUCCCUCAAGCCUACUCCUCAACUCCUCCCUGGAAACUUCAGAACAAUGUGGCAAAGAGACCCAUACAGAGAACAUCCUUUUUGCCACAUUUUAUCUCUUGGAUUUCAUCCUGGCUUUUGUUGGCAACACCCUGGCUCUUUGGCUCUUCAUCCGGGACCAAAAGUCAGGCACUCCAGCCAAUAUUUUCCUGAUGCAUCUUGCUGUGGCCGACCUGUUUUUUGUGCUGGUUCUACCCACCCGGCUGGUAUAUCACUUUUCUGGCAAUCACUGGCCAUUUGGCGAGAUCCCAUGCAGACUCAUUGGCUUCCUUUUCUAUCUCAACAUGUAUGCCAGUAUCUACUUCCUUAUGUGCAUCAGCGUUGACCGCUUCCUAGCCAUCGUGCACCCUGUGAAGUCCAUCAAACUCCGCAGGUCACUCUACGCCCACUUGGCAUGUGCCUUUCUUUGGGUUAUAGUUGCUGUCGCAAUGGCACCCCUGUUGGUCAGCGUGCAGACAGCCGAGAUGAACAACACGACUGUCUGCCUACAGCUCUACAGAGAGAAGGCAUCACGCCAUGCUCUCGUGUCGUUGGCAGUGGCAUUCACCUUUCCAUUUGUUACUACAGUGACCUGCUACUUAUUGAUUAUCCGUAGCCUGAGGAGUGGCAACAGAAUUGAGAAGCACCUGAAGGAAAAAGCCAUCAAGAUGAUCAUCGUUGUCCUAAUGAUCUUUCUGGUCUGCUUUGUACCCUAUCACAUCAAUCGCUACAUUUACAUUCUCCAUUAUGACGGCACCAAGACUUCCUGUGAAACCCAGCGAGUCCUGGCACUCAGUAACCGCAUCACUUCCUGCCUCACCAGCCUGAAUGGUGCCCUUGACCCAGUGAUGUAUUUCUUUGUGGCUGAGAAGUUCCGUGAGGCCUUGUGCAGCUUGUUUUGUGGCAAAAGAGUUGCAAUGAUGCCUCCAAGUUAUGAGGGGAAGACAAAUGAGAGCUCACUAAGUGCUAAAUCUGAACUGUGAGCAAGUGAUCAUAUUUGCUGUCAAUUCUGGGCACAACACAGCCAAAAGACUCUCUAGAGAGUAAAGGCAAGUGACCCCAAAGACAAAGAUGUUAUUCCCAGAGUCAGUAUCAUUCUUGCAAUAUCAAGGAGGAGAGUUCAGUUAUUCUAUGCAGCUACAACCAGCAAGGGCUCAUCUCUGCCAGCAGACAGAUUCUAAUCUCAGUAAAUCACAAGACAUCUGAACAUGAAUGCAACAGCAGCAGCAUCUGUUGCCCAAUCCUGAAGCUGGGACCUGAAUAUUUAGGGAUGGAGGAAGGAAACAAGAAUUUAAUUAAAUCAUGAUUUCUUCUUCUAAGAGUUUUAUACUCAAGGCUCGUUCAAGCAAAUGUUGGCCACCCUGAGAAACAGAACAACUGGAAUUCAAGGACUAAGAUUCAAGGGGUGAUUGCUCCCUGCCCAAAACACACACCGUCCCCCGAAAUCCUAUGUUGUGCCAGCCAGAGAGAUUCAGUCCUGGGGUAUCAGAGGAGAAUAGUAGUGUCUCUAGAUCUAUUGUGAAUGUUCGUAGAGAGUUGGGGAGAUACAGUAUGAGUGCUGAAGAGGGAGAAGGGGAAACCUGUCGCUGGAAUAAAUGGGAGACAUCCUGAUUCUCCAGGGAUGUCAAGUUAUUGUUGCCACAGACCUCUUGUCUAUGCCCAGGAUGUGGGCAUGAGCAGUAAACAUAAUGCUAAUAUUUCAACCUGUCCUUGGGUUUGUGGGCCAAGGCCCCAGCAGCUGUCUUCAGUUACAGGCAGCAUUUUCUGAACUAGCCUUGGGGUGUAGUCCUGUUUGAAUGAUCAGUCACCUUAAUAAUCUCAGGCUAAAAUAAAAGGGAAUGGAAAGAAGUUUCAUGAAAAUCAGUAAAGGGAAUAUCUUCCAUUGGUUUAUAAAUGGUGAACCCUAAAACUCUGAAUCCCCGUAAAAAUAUUAGCCAAGAAGAUGAAAAGUAGAUGUGCUAAAAGUGUGAAACCCAGCCUGCUUGGGAAAAGCUCUUUAGAGUGUUUUAUAAUUAUUUACAUUCUGUCUCAUGUGUUUUAUUUGGUCUGAAAAACAUUUCAUUUGCUACAUAGGAUCACUAACCUAGUUUAGCUUAACUACCCUCACUGAUAAAUGCUACACCCAAUGGAACACAUCUGGGUAACAAGACAAGAAGGGGAGGUAGGAGAAAUCCCAUGGUAUAAAAGGAGAAGAGCAGAAGAUUCCAUUAUGUCCACUAGGAACCUUGCAAAGCCAAUCAUAUUUGCCUCUGAAGUGCUUAGAUACGGCAGUGAUGAGCACUAUAGAAAGCCAUAUGAUAGAUCAAUCUUAUUUACAUAUUCUACCCAUGUCACUGGGAAGGAGCUCUCUACGUCUCCAAGAGUUUAGAUCCUAAAUUAUGAAAUCAACAGCUUUUUAUCUUGGUUAAGUUUCUGGAAUCCUGACUGCUUUCCCAGCCGGUACCCAGCACUGCUCAAAGGCACUGGCCAAUCAGAGACAAAAGCCAAGAAGCCAAAAGGAAAAUCCAUUAACCGUAAUUUUGGAAGCCUAGGGACUGGUGUUAUAUGGAGGAUUACUUGAAAGGGAACUAAUUAUGGGAGGUUCCCUGGUGGACAGGGUGAAGCAAAUAAUCCUCUUUCCUUUUUCCAUGUUGAUCAUGUCAGCGGGUAGGAACAUCAACUUAAUGACUCUCCCAACCCCUGCUGGACAGAGGUAUAACAGUCUGAAGUUAAUCCACUGUGCUUCAGAAUUCAAAACUAUCUGCCAAACUGUCUGUCUCUCUUCUUACUGGGAUGUGCUUUUGUACAAGUUUCCUGUCCUGCUUGUAUUAGUUUUGCCGUUCAUUUUUUUAAAACAAAAAACUUUUUGGACUUGUUUAUACCUGUUAUACAUAUAUAAAAUAAAUAGUUUCAAAGGACCAGUGAAGAGAUGGUCUUUAUAUUAACAGAGGCUCCCCCUCAGUCUCUCAUUAUGCCCAGGGUUCUCACUCAAUCAGCGAAUAGCCUGCGCAGAGACAUCCCCCUUCAUCUCUCACAUGCAGGCCAGCAUCACGACUGGAAUCAUUUCCCUCUCCAGUCAGACUCCUGCCCAUUCGCCCAACACUAUCCACAGUCUAUUGGCAUUCUGCCUUCAGGCCCCUCCUCUACCCAUAUUUUGUUGGAUAGUCAGUGUCCUGUCUAUUGCCCUUUCUCUACUCAUCUCUCACUUUCCAACCACUCAUUCCUACUCCGGCCACUUUGUUUUGUUUUACUGUGCUAAAGCUCCUGCUCCCACAAUAUACCGGGCAAUAUACCGGGCAAAGCCCCUGUGGCUCUGCUCUCUCUUACCUGCCAGCAUUUUUUACGAAGCCUAGGUCGGCAAGUGCCACAUCACAGAGCUCACAACGGAAGCAUUCUGGGUGCCAAUUAUUAUUCAUUGCCUUGAUCACACGUCCAAUGAUGAACUCACCUUGGAAAGAAAAACACAACUCUUAGCUGCAAACAGAACCAAAUUUCAGCAAAAAUCUCUCCCGCACAUCCACCACCGUUCCUUUUCAAUGCCACAAGGCUCAGUAUAUUCUGACUUGCUGAAAAUACCACUUCCUCUCAAAAGAGUACCAGAAGCACACCUUCAUUCCUAACCACUAACAGAGUAAUUCUCUGUUCCUGUCCAGAGAGCCUGAUGCUUAGGAUGACCCCAGGGUUAAAAUUUUCAUCCCCAGUGAUCCUUUGCCCCAUGAGUUCUACUCAGGGAAGAGAAGAGACUAAAUAGUUUUGCACAUGGAGAUCUUACCGCAUUGCCCACAGCAGGGUGCAAACAGCAUCUGGAAAUCAUGCUCACAAUACUUUCGACCCUCAAACUGUUAACAAAACAAAGGAGAGAAAAUCCUUAGUGAAUCACAAAACUGUUCACUGUAAAAAUUCAGACUCUAUUAUUAGAGUUUGCAGUGGCAAACUUGUAAAGGUUGAGCAAGUGUUUCCAUUUCCAACCCAUUCUUCAGUUGCUUGUCAUUGCCUUGAAAAAAAUCUUUCACUUUCCAUACUUUUUCUCAAUCCUAUGGAGAAUUUUCUUGGACAAUGGAGCCAAAUUAAUGUGGGCAAAGAUACAGGGGAAAACCAAAACCCACACAAAACUCCACUGUUCCUGUAAUUAGCUUUUCUUGUCAUUUUCUUCUGGGUUUUCAUACCUCAAAAGAGCUCAAAUUUUACAUGAUUGUUUUCCACACAGAAAAUGAAAAAGAGCUUAGCAUUUUAAAAAUUAGAUAGUUUUCAAAUUACGUUUGUACAUGUGCUGUAAAAAAUUUUACAGACAAGUUCACUAAUUUUGGUUACCCAAUUUGAGAAGCUUUGUGCCAAAUUUUCCGAAGACCCAAGAACCCACUCAUGCCCUAUUUCCAUAUGCAGUGCUGAGCACUUUUUUUUUCUUUUCUCCCCUUCUCCCAUCCCCCACUUUUCUUUAAAGAAAGAAAGAAACCGUGAAAUUAAAUACAGAAAAUUAAAUUAGUGCAGUAUUAGGGGUGAGAAACUGAACACACAAAAAUCAGGAAUUCAGAAGCGAAGAUUCUGACAGAAACAUUAAGCCCCAGCUUUUAUUCUACCAUUUAGGUAUUUAAGUACCUGUCCUAAUUUGUGCUUGCAAGUUAGGUACUUAUCCAGCUCUAUGCUAGUAUUUAUGCCUACAACUUUAUAUGAACAAAACACAGGGACAACUUUAAUGUGUGUGAAACUGAGAUCCAUCUGAAAACUGGGCCCUAAAAGGAUGCUUUCAGGUCAAAUGUGGCCAAAAAUUUAGACUUUAUACAACGUGCUUUUUAAAUAGACAGGAUGUGAAUGCAAUGUGGUCAAGUUAACAUGGAUAUAGGAAUCUUGUGUUAUGAAUUUCCCAACUUCUGCAUGUAUGGUUUUUAAUUUAGUUUUAUUUUCGAAAUAUGUAUUUUUCUGUUCCACUGCAUCCUAAUUUUGCUUAAUUUAUGUUUAACCGGGAUGAGGGGAAAAUGACUUUCUAACACAACUCUGGAUUUGUCAGUCAAGUCAAUGAUGAUAAAGCUUAGGAUCAAAAGAAAUGAAAAACAACAAGAUUAGGGAACUGAAAUUCACAUCCCCACAAAGUCUCCCCAUUACUGGUCAACUGGCCAGACAGAUAUCCCAAGGAGGAAGACAGCAGUACAUUUAAAUUUAAGGCUAGUUUAGAGUAUGAUCAUUUCAAGGUUAAGAGACACAGAAGCCUACGGGGAGGGAAAAGGCUGAGGGGACUGCUGACAGCACAGGGCCCAUCUAAGCUAAUAUGGAGACCCGUGAAGCAAUCUGACUGAGCCCCUCACUGGAAAGAUAAGAUUCUGCGGACAAUUUCCCGCAUCAUCUGCCCCACCAACUUGGAGGAAAGAGUCAGGGGAAGAAUGUGGAAGAGGAAUGAGUAACAAGUGUCUGUGAAGAACUGAAGGAAUAAUUGACAGUGAUUUCCUGACAACAUGAGGAUGUGGGAACCUGAAAUGUAUCUUAGCCGUCACAUGGCAAUGGUAAAGAUCACAGCGUCACUUUUCUCUCAACCUGAACAAGCAGCUAUAUUAAAAUAAGGAAAAUGGUAAUAUCCUACAGCUACAAUGCUUCUUCCUAUCUCAGACCCUCCUGCCUGGCUUCCUGCUAUAGUUUUAAAGAAAAAGUUCCUGUAUGCUCACAUCAGCCAGGGUCACGAAAUAGAAGAAGACUGAAGGGGAAUGUUGAAAAAGAGAAGAUUGAACAAAUUGGGUUUGUUUAGUCUGGAGAAGAGAAGACUGAGGGGGGACAUAACAGUUUUCAAGUACAUAAAAGUUUGUUGCAAGGAGGAGGGAGAAAAACUGUUCUUCUUAACCUCUGAGGAUAGGUCAAGAAGCAAUGGGCUUCAAUUGCAGCAAGGGCGGUUUAGGUUGGACAUUAGGAAAAACUUCCUGUCACAGUGGUUAAGCACUGGAAUAAAUUGCCUAGGGAGGUUGUGGAAUCUCCAUCAUUGGGGAUUUUUAAGAGCUGGUUGGACAAACACCUGUCAGGGAUGGUCUAGAUAAUACUUAGUCCUGCCUUGAGUGCAGGGGACUGGACUAGAUGACCUCUCGAGGUCCCUUCCAGUUCUAUGAUCUCAUAUCUGCAGGGAAUUACAGUUAUCUCCACUGAUCUCCCAGUCAGCACACAACAUCUCACACUCUCAUGUCAUGUGGCACUGGACCAUGAGCAUUUCACCUUGACCUGACAAGGUAGCCCCUCAGUCCCCUCACACCGGUGACAGAGGCCCCUGCUGCUUCAGAUUUAGCAGUAAAUGUCUGACUCAGCCCUCUGAGAGGGCUAGUUACACUGGGAAGGAAAAGGCAGACAGAAACACUGAUAGCAGGCAAAGAACCACACUUGAAGCUUUAUCCUGUCAGAUGUUGAGUGCUCUCAGUUUUCACAGAGUUCACUGAGAGCCACAGAUACUCAGCAUCUCCCAGGAUCAGGUUUUUAAAAGGGGAAGUCAAGAAACUUCCUAUAGCUUCACAUAGGCAGUAAUCUCACCUCAUAGAAGAGUCCAUCUGGGAACUGUCGGAAACACUGAGCACAGACAAAGCAGUUCUCAUGAUAGAGCUCCCCAUUGCUAUUCACAAUCCUCUCCGAGGGAUCAAAGCGAGCCUGGCAGCGCUCACACACUGCAUUUGCGAGGGCAUCAGACAUAUUACUGAGAAGGAAAUAAAGGUCAGUGUCAGAACAUGGGCAAUGUCACAGCUAUCAAAUGAAUAUGCAUAAAUCACACAAGUAACAUUAGUGUCACCAUCAGGGAGUUUCUUCUUGUUUUUCAUCCCUUUUUGCACGAAUAAGUACGACGAAAAUAAUGCAGCAUGCAGGGGAAUGGAAUCAGCAAGUUAUUCAGAAUCAACAUCCGAUAUUUGUUUACAUCCGACACAGGUGGAGGUGACAGCCACACAGUAAUUUGCAGAACUAUAUGAUGGAUUCAUUUAUCUUACACCUUUGACCACCUUGCCUGCCCUUUGUUCACAAAUUCCCCUCUUACCUACUUAUUCCAGACAUACUCCAUUAAAACACAAAAUAAAUUAAAACCCCUGCAGAGAAAUGUUUUCUCCUCUUCUCCUCAUAUGCAUAACUGCCCCACCCCCUUUCAACAAACAUCACACUUGCCUGAGACCUAGGAUGGGAAAGCAUGAGGCCAGGCGUUCUAUGUAUUAAAAUGUCAUAGCUUUAAAGUCCUAUCUCUCAUGUCCCUGCAGGGUUAGGAAUGGCAACUUCAAAAAAUGGGGAAGAUUCCCAGUUUCCAAAUGGGAUCAGUUUUCUUUUAAAAUCCCGAGUAUCCACAGAGUAUCUGAAUUUAGAAUGGUAACAUUUUUAGGUAUGGUAAAGCUAUUUUAUAUUUUUUUAGAUGUUUUUGUUGUUCCCUCUGAGCUCUGCAUGAUUGGAGUGAUGGUAGCAUUACAGGUUGAUGCAUAUGAAAACCAAACCCAAUUAAUAUUUUUAAGACAUUCAAAUAUUUAUAAAAUAGCCUUCCUGUAGCAUAUGUUGUAUAUACAGAAUACUUGAGGGGGUGGUAUAAAAGGUUUAAUCAACACUUG